AUGCGCGGUCUCUCAGAAGAGGAAGCGAACAGCAUCAUCGCCAUUGAGGAGGCGUGUUCGGCGCUCUCCUUGCUGGGAUGCAUCUUCGUGCUGAUGACGUUUGCGCUGUCCGACGCCUUCCGCCAGCGAGCUAUCAACCGGCUGGUUUUUUACGCGACCUUCGGGAAUAUGUUGACGAACGUCGCGACGCUCAUGACGACGAGAUACACACAAAAUGUCGAUUCGCCGGGCUGCCAGUUCCAGGCAUUCCUGAUCCAAGUGUUCAUGCAAAGCGACGCCUACUGGGCACUGGCUAUGGCGAUCAACGUGUAUCUCACCUUCUAUCAUAAAUACGACGCCAGGAUGCUGCGGAAAAUGGAGAUCGCGUACCUUCUCUGUUGCUACGGCAUCCCGUUUAUUCCCGGUCUCACCUUUCUCUUUGUGUCAAACCAACAAGCCGGAAGGCCGUACGGCGAUGCUGUGCUGUGGUGUUGGCUGAAGUCGGAAUGGGAGGUCUACCGUAUUGCCACCUUCUACGCCCCUGUGUGGGUGGCUAUCGUCAUCGCCAUGACCAUCUAUGUGCGAGCCGGACGUAGUAUUUAUCGCAAACGCCGGAGAAUGGUCAACUUCAGCUCCACGGGCACCGGCACCGUCCAUGGCGCCGAGCUUUUCCCCGUCUUCCCUGAAUUCUCCUCAGCCUUCAACUACAAAACAACGGAGGUCACCCAAACCACCGAGAUUAUCCAAGCCCCGGUCCCAGCCGCCAAGGCAGGUGCCAUGCCACCGGCGCCUCUGAAAGAUGCCUAUUCAGUCACCAUCUCGGCCGAUGCUCAAGCCGCCCGGGAACUCAAUGCGCGCGCGUCCUCGGAGGGCCUCGACAUAGAAAGCACCGCCCCGGACACCGCAACGCUGCAUCCCGAUCCCAACCACGACCACAAGGACCUCGGGUCUUCCGUCUCCUCGACCGGUAACCGCGCCGGUGUAACAGACUCGACUCGUCAGAAUCAGAUCUCGAUCGCACCGACCGUCACCGCCACCGUCACCGCCACCGGCCACCACCACCAUCAUCAUCAUCACCAUCAGGACAACACCCGGUCGUCGCGCGCUCGGAUCCGAGCCCACCACUACCACGAGUCGUCGUCGCACAACAACGCGACCUGGCAAUACACCAAGUGCGCCAUCCUCUUCUUCGCCGUCCUGCUGAUCACGUGGAUCCCGUCGUCCGGAAACCGCGUGUACAGCCUGAUCCACCGCGACGACAUGUCCAAGCCGCUGUUCUUCGCCAGCGCGUUCGUGCUCCCGCUGCAGGGGUUCUGGAACGCCAUCAUCUACGUCGUGACUUCGUGGGCGGCGUGCAAGAGCCUGUGGGGUAACCUCUGUGGGAUUGCGGGUGGGUGGGCACACUGGCUGCGCAGCGGGAGGAGGAGGAGGAGGAGGAUGAGUAUCGCGGAGAUUGUUGAUACCAGGACCGGGGCGAGGAGGAGGAUGGGUGGUGGUGGUGGUGGUGGUGGUGAGUGGCAGGGAGGGGGCGGGAUUGGGAUGUGGGCGAGCAGGAAGGAGAGGAAGGAGCCUGAGAGCACGAGCAUGGAGGACUUGACUAGGGAUGGAAGGGCUGCGUGA